AUGGAGGUGCUUCUUCUUCUUCUUCUUUUCAACGGACCCCUGUUGGACCGAGCUGUCUGUAGUCUUCAUGUGGUUACGGUAUUUUUGAGCGUUACGUCCUUUUCUGAUAAUUCUCAUAUUCCGUUUGCAGUAGCCCGACGAGACAUGUACCGUCAAGGAACCAAUCAAUCCGUGUGCUCCGACGCCGAUGAGUUCACUCAGGAGGAGCUUCAAGAGUUUGCUCAAGCGUUCAAAUUAUUCGAUAAAGAUGGUAACAAUACAAUGAAUAUCAAAGAGUUGGGUGAAGCAAUGCGUAUGUUGGGACUGAAUCCAACUGAAGAGGAGCUUCUGAAUAUGGUCAAUGAGUAUGAUGUGGAUGGAAACGGAAAAAUUGAUUUCGGAGAAUUUUGUAAAAUGAUGAAGGAGAUGAAUAAGGAGACCGAUCAGGAGUUGAUUCGUCUUGCAUUCAAAGUGUUCGAUAAAGAUGGUAACGGGUACAUCACUGCACAAGAAUUCAAGCAUUUCAUGACUACAAUGGGCGAGAGAUUCAGCGAGGAGGAGGUUGAUGAGAUUAUUCGAGAGGUUGAUAAGGAUGGAGAUGAACAGAUCGAUCUUGACGAAUUCGUCAACAUGGUUGCUCCAAUCGUCUCUGAAACCAACAAAACGGAUCCGUUCGCCGAACCGGCUGCCUCAGCGAAUCCAACAACUAAAUAA